CCGAUCAACCGCGGAGCGCAUAGUCCGAGACAGGUUGCUAACGCCAGAGAUGUACGAGCGCUUUAUGUAGCAUCCCCCUUCUGACAGUCUUUGGAGUGACAGUUUAGGAUCGCAUUCACUAGUAGCAAAACAGAAGGGAAAAAAAAAAAAAAAAAACUCGCGGGGAGGGUCAAAACAUCUGUUUGUUUCCAAACUACCUCUGAUGGCGGUGGGUGGGCUUCUUUAGGAGAAGGAUUAGAUUUGGACUGUUUUACGGGUAGUGAUCUGUCGUGGAUCGGAGAAGAUCGCUUAUUCAAAGCCAUGGAUAUGCACAAAUUCCCCACCGUCACAUUCGUGGUCCUUUCUUUGAUGAGCUGUGUCUAUUCUGUACAGUUUCCGGAUUCACAGCAAGCACGGGAGUGGGCGGAUCAGAUUCAGGAGGACUUUGUGCAGCUGAUUAAUGCCGAGAGCGGCAUGGCACGGCUCACCGAGAUUUUCCAGAAUCACAAGAAAAGCUACAGUGUGGAACACAACAACGCUCAGCAGCUAGUGGCCAAUGCCGCGCACAACAUCGAGAGACUGUUGGCCAAUCGCUCCAAGGCUCUGGAGGCUCUGGUGACAGCUGCAGAAAACCUCCAGGCGGAACAUCAGUGGAGAGAUGAUAUUGUGAUCAAUAGCACAUGGUAUUAUAAUGCGAAACUUGAGACCGGCUUGAACCGUACAGAAUUUAAAGAUGACCCAACGUUUAAGCGCCUGGUAUCAUACAAUACCACAGCAGUUCAUAUCCCAACUGACAUCUAUGAGGGCUCCACAAUAAUUCUGAAUGAGCUGAACUGGACAGCUGCACUCGAUGAGGUGUUUCAGAAGAAUAAAGAAGACGACCCAUCACUGCUGUGGCAGGUGUUUGGCAGUGCUACUGGACUAGCCAGAUACUUCCCAGCCUCCCCAUGGAUGGAUACAAGCAAAACACCCAAUAAAAUUGAUUUGUAUGACGUACGUAGGAGGCCAUGGUACAUCCAGGGCGCAGCCUCCCCCAAGGACAUGCUGAUCUUGGUGGACGCGAGUGGAAGUGUAUCCGGACUGACUCUGAAGCUCAUCCGUACUUCUGUUAACGAGAUGCUGGAGACCCUUUCUGAUGAUGAUUUCGUCAAUGUAGUUUCUUUCAGCAGUGAUGCCAAACCGGCGGCCUGCUUCCAGAACCUCGUCCAAGCAAAUGUACGCAACAAGAAGAUACUCAAGAAAGCUGUGCAGAGCAUCACAGCCAACGGCAUCACCAACUACAAGGGAGGCUUUGAGCUGGCCUUCCAGCAGUUGUCUGUGUCGAAUGUGUUGAGGGCAAACUGCAACAAGAUCAUCAUGCUCUUCACAGAUGGAGGAGAGGAAAAAGCAUCUGAGAUCUUUGAAAAAUACAACCAUGAUGGGAAGAUUCGCAUUUUCACAUUCUCUGUGGGCCAGCACAAUUACGAUAAGGAACCUAUCAGAUGGAUGGCUUGCACAAAUAAGGGGUAUUACUAUGAGAUUCCCUCCAUUGGAGCCAUCAGGAUUAACACUCAGGAGUAUCUGGAUGUGCUGGGGAGACCCAUGGUGAAAGAACAACAAAAGGCCAAGAAGGUGCAGUGGACCAACGUCUACCUGGACGCCCUGGAGCUGGGCCUGGUCAUCACAGGAACCAUGCCGGUCUUCAACAACACAUACAUUAACACAAACAGGAACAAGGCCGGCAAAGCCAAGCUCAAGGACAGUGGAGAGAACCAACUGAUACUGGGGGUGAUGGCCAUCGAUGUGUCGCUAGAUGACAUUAAGAGGCUGACUCCACACUUCACUCUUGGUCCGAAUGGAUAUUAUUUUGCCAUCGACCCCAAUGGAUAUGUCCUGCUUCAUCCAAAUCUUCAGCCAAAGAACCCCAAGUUCCAGGAGCCGGUAACACUGGACUUUUUGGACGCAGAGCUGGAGAAUGAGAUCAAAGUGCAGAUCAGAAAGAACAUGAUAGAUGGAGAGAAAGGGAACGAGACACUCCCCACACUGGUGAAGUCCCAAGAUGAGCGUUAUAUAGACAGAGGCCUGAGAACAUACACCUGGGCUCCAGUCCAUGCCACUGAUUAUAGCCUUGCGAUAGUGCUCCCGGAGUAUAGCCUUCACUACAUCAAGGCUAGGAUAGGAGACACCAUUACUCAGGCCAAAUCCUGGAAGCCCUCCAAUCAGUCUGAAGCUGUCUCUGAAAGCCUACAAGUGGAUAUGUUUGAGGAGUACGGAUACACCUUCAUAGCUCCCAGAGAAUACUGCAAGGAUCUGAAACCGCGGAGUAACAACACGGAGUUCCUUAUCGAGUUCAAUGAGUACAUCGACCGAAACACGCCCAACAAUCCAUCGUGUAAUGUGGAUCUGGUAAACCGGCUGUUACUGGAUGCAGGCAUCACCUCUGAAAUGGUGAAAUAUUGGAGUGGACAGAAUCUGAAUGAGAGAAUCAGUGCUAAGUUCGUGGCCACAGAUGGCGGCAUCACUAGAGUCUACCCUGCCAGUGCUGGUCCAGAAUGGAGUGAGAAUCCUGAGACAUAUGAGUCCAGUGCCUACAAGAGAAGUCUGGAUAAUGAUGUUUACAUCUUUACACCACCUUUACCGGACAAUGCAACCCGGAGCAGCGAUUCCAUUUUAGUGAGCAAGGCAGUGAACCUCACCAUCAAUGGAGUGCAUCUGAAGCCUGCAGUGGUCGGCGUGAAACUGGACGUCAAAGGCUGGAUGGAAAGCUUCACCAACGCUACGGAAAAAUCCAAUUGUAAUGACGAAAUCUGUGGCUGCAAAAGAAACGAUCAGAACAUUGACUGCGUGCUCCUGGACGACGGAGGAUUCCUGGUCAUGGCCAAUCAGGAUCACUACAUCGACAAGAUUGGCCAGUUUUUCGGUGUGAUCGACCCCAACCUGAUGACCAGCUUGCUGAAUGAAUCUCUGUUCUCCUUCACGAAAACCUAUGAUUAUCAGUCAGUGUGCGACCCGUCCAAGGAAGUCAAAGCAGCUGCAGGCACCAGAUCCAUCUACGUGCCCACCAUAGCGGAUAUACUCAACGUUGGUUGGUGGGCCUCUGCAGCAGCCUGGUCGAUACUGCAGCAGCUGUUUGUUAGCCUAACCUUUCCCAGUUUCCUGGAAGCAGUGGAGCCAGAUGAGGACAUCUCUGAAAAAGAAAGCUGCAUUUUUGAGCAAACUCAGUACUUCUUUAUGAACGAAGAUCGAAGUUUCAAGGGAAACCUAGAAUGUGCUAACUGCUCCAGGCAGUACAUUGCAGAGAAGCUAUGGAAGACCAAUCUGGUAUUAAUCAUUGUAGAUGCUAAGGAGAGCUGCACAACAUGUAACUUCACACCUCUCAUCCAGGCUGAACAGCCCUCUUCAGGUCCUGACCCCUGUGUCAUGGCCCAGAACCCUCGCUACCGCAAAGGGCCGGAUAUGUGCUUCCAAGACAAUAGUGGUGAAAUAAAUGCAGACUGUGGCAAUGCUUCUGGCCUGACUCCAUCCAUCUGGUCCAUGGCAUUCCUCCAACUGCUUCUAGUCUGGCUUUUGAGUGGACCAGGACACUGCCCAUCGUGACCUCAGCCUAGCAACACCCCACCCUUCAACGAUGCCUAAACCCUUACCAGAUCCUGCCACAAGAAGUUUAUAUUCGAACCGUGGGCACCAGUGUGCCUGAUUACCAUGAGGAAGCCUUUGACCCAGGAAGUAAAAGACUGAUGAAGUGUUCACUCAUUGCCUUGGGAGUCACGGUGGGUCAGUAAAUGAUAAAUGAGUGACCACCCUUGACUUUUGACCUCUCGAGUCCCGCCUCGUUCUGCAUGGGCAACGGGGAGGCCUUAAGUCGCGGCAGCAAAACAAAGACCUUAUACCCGCACUCCGUGUUCAGAAACGACAGAGUUACGACCCAUAUCACCGCUGCCAAAUACAACGCUCUCGCCAUCGCCCGUGUGUUGUUUCAGUUUCCUCAUGUGUUUCGUAGUUGCCAGCGGCGAAGUAUCAUCAAUAAUUGACUUUUACAAACCUAGCUUUCUGAACUUUGAACUCUGGAGAAUUUGGAAUUUUGCCUAUCUGGUCAGUUCACAACAUGAGUUAGGUCAGAACUCAUUUUCAAACAAGGUUGCAGGAGGGAGAAGGGCACCACCACCUUCCUCUACUCCGUGCCUGGAGGAUCUCCUCCCUCCACCUGUGUGCUUCUGACCCAGCCUCCAUCCCCUGAGCCCUGGGUGCCCUGUAGGCCUUCUGCCCCAUGGCUCCGUGGCUCUGGCAUGCACUGGUUUCCAUCCACUCAUCGUGCAUUAAGGUUCACAUCUGCCAAAAAAAAAAAACAUUGCCUGUUUGCCUGCUCAGUGUGUGGCCUUUUUGCUUGGCCAAAAGAUCACUUAGACCACCUACUGGCUCUAAAUUACAAGCUUGAUGUGUUUUACUGUGUAUGAAAGACAGUUACACUUAUGCGUUUAGUGAGUGUCAUUGCAUGUGAGUGAGUUUUGCUGAUGUUUAUUUAAGUUCAGGUUCAUUUGGAAAAUGGCUCAUACUGAAGAGAAAAGUAUUUGUGGUGGCUACCGUGUCUUCAAAUGUAAUGUUAAUCAGAAGAGAAUUCAUUCAGGGUUAUGUUUGUUUGUUUGUAUGUUUGUCUGAUUUGUUUGUUUUUUAAAUAUUCUCCGAAAAGCGCAAACUCCAAAGUUUAUGGACGUGACUAAUAUAUUUCAUGAAUGUGGGAAUUAGACUUCAGUUCCAAGCUGUCCAUUCAGUCUACUUUACUUGUUCCUGGACAUUGUGUUCAUUGUGCCUUGAUGUGCUAUACAUGAACACUUUAUACCUUUCGAAAUGGUAGGAUGGUAUUUCUGGGAGAUGUUGGUUGCAUUGCUCACCAAGUAUAACUGCAUAAUGUUAUGCACUGGAGGCUAGCCUCACUCCUGAAGAAUUCAGCUUCAGCCGUAACCCAACACACCUGGCUCUAAUAUCCAUGUGCUUGUGUAGGGUUCGCUCUAAGUGCUACAGGGUGGUAGAUCUCCAGGGAUGGACACCCUAGACAUCAUGAAUGACUGCCUGUAGAAAAUGAUACAGCAUAUUGCAGUAGGCAUUUAUACACAAUUGGUAUUUCUGUACACAUUUGUGUGCAAAUAGGCCCAUGUUAUGAAAUGUUCAGUAGCAAACACUGCUAUAGUGCCAAAUCAAACAAGUUUUGUAAAUUUAGUACAUGGCUAUUACUAUAAUAGUAAACGUUUUCUUUUUUUGUGAGCUUAAUGUGCAAUGCAGCCAGCAUCUCUAUAGUAAUAUCAGUAGGUCCAUCUUGCAAUGUGUAGUCUGACUAUUACAAUUCUGUAAAGAGUAAUACUAAUUAUUCUAUCUAAAAACUGCCAAACAUUUAGAAGGUCCUAACUGGAUCUGUGUGCCUCAAUGUAUGUGGGACCAAACCCUGGAAUUCCUGAAAUGAUCUUAAAUACAGUGAGUGAGCAUUGGGUGAUUAAAAAUCUGUAGCAAGACACUGGAUAAUUCACUACUGAGUUAUGCAUUGCUUCUCUGCUUCCUUGGCUGAUGUCGUGUGUUAAUGGACGUGGGAAAUACGAGAUGCUCAUCUUGUGUUUAUUAUUUACACAGCCAUUGUUGAACUGAACUCUAUGAAGACUAUGCUGAAACCCCUGUCAUUUGUAGACUGAGGACAUUGUUAAUGGUAAUGUUUAUGUGUAUUACACUUGAUGUUGACCUAUCAAAUGACUAUGAUGGUUUAACUUAGCAACAUUAGUUGCAUCAGUUCAUUUAAAAGGAUUCUGGUGGUUAGGGGAUGUAACAUGAAUGGAAGCUUAGUUAAUAUGUCAGAACAUAGUACACAAAUGUUGGUGGUGGGAUCACCAGAAGCUGUAUCACUAAUGUGGUGUGAACACAACUGAGCAAUGUGACAUUAUAGUCAGUGACUGCACUGUAAUUAGGCAUGCCUUCUUGAGUCAUACAAAAUAAAUACAAGUGUUCCAUUACUCCUGUUUUACCCACAGACAUAGAUUGUUCUGAGUCCAGUCGCAAAUGUUCCAUAGUUAUCUGCAAAGCAUUGAUUAUGUAGAAAAUUUCGGAAAUCCACACAGUUCGAUUCAACUGAAAUUCAGUCCAGAUUGUACAUAAUCUCAUGUAAUUCUCCGUACCAAUGUUAUACGUACCCAAUACCGUCUGAUAAGCAUUGAAUCUAGAUAUUCUGGAGCUCAGUGGUAGUAAGUGCCAUGUAAGUACCACUCUGUCUCGCUCCUUCACUCGUUCUCUCUUUGUAACAAGGAAACCUUUAUGAAACUGAUGACACCUUUAAAUGAUACUUCACAUCUUUUAUAUGCCUUUAUUGGUCUGCAUGUAUUUGUCAUGACACUGUGACAUUUGAGUGUGUGUGUGCAUGUGCGUGUGCACGUGUGUAUGUGCUUCUACCACGGUGUGUUUGACAGCGGGAUGUUUUCCGUAGUUGGUGAUGACAGUUAAGUGAAUGGGCCUCGGUUUCCCUGCCUUUCUCCUGGGGAGACAGAAUUUGAUUGGCAGCUUUUCGUCAGUAGUCAGUAGUCAGUCUUUUCUUCUGGUUUAUGAGAGUCCCUAGUAGGGUUGAACAUCAGCUGGCAGGACCGAAGUCAUUAGUCUGGAAAAAGCAAAAUACUGGACACAAAGACCUGUGAAAAGAUGAGCAUGCUUUUCGUGACAUUAAAUUUACAUGAUGCUAAAUUGGCUUGCAAAUUUUCCCACUGUUUUCCAGACGAAUGCAGAGAGAUUUUAUACUUGCAGUUGUGUGUUGUAGUCAUGCACUUUCACGUCAGAACCAGCACAAUUGCGAUCAAAGUGUGAUCAAGGGUAUUUUUGGAUGCUGAUGCUUUGGUGCUCUCUAAAUUGUUGACAUGCAUUUAAGCAUUUUAAGUGGAUUCUUCCACUCUGAUCUCACUCAUCAAGUGGCUAUUGGUCUGCCCUUUGUCAAUCUUCCUGUACUGAUAGCCCUAAAGCUAAACAUUAGCCAAUCCAUCUGUCAAUCUCUCGUGGCCUGCCUCCAUAGGCUAGUCAUUGGUGGACUCUCAUCUAUACCCCUCAAAUGGCCUUUACCACAUCACACUUUUCUGAAUUUUACUUUGCCUGAAUCAAAUGGCCUGUGUACAUUUGUACAAUAAUGUUAUUAAAAAUGAGCUAUUUAUAAUCUCAGAACUGUGUCAGUUUGUGUGUGAAUGCAAAUAUGUUCCAAAUAAAAGAGAUUAAUCUUU